AUGAUGAAGUUGCUACAUCUAAAUCUAAAUCACUGCGGGGCGGCGCAAACUAUACGCGAGCUAAACGUGGAUGUGGCAGAACUAAGCGAGCCUUACAAGACUCAAACUGGAUGUUUUUGGGCUGCGGAUAGAACGUCUAAGGCUGCCAUAUGGGCCUGCAGUAACAGAGCGCCGGCCGCAGAGGCUGUAUACUCCUCUGACGGCUAUGUGUGCGCAAAACUAGGUGAUAUUUGGCUAUACAGCUGCUACCUACCACCUAGCCUCCGUUUGGAAGAGUUUAAAAGUAGACUCGACAACCUCGCUACGCACGCAAGGGGUAAAAGAAAAGUCGUUAUUGCUGGAGACUUUAAUGCAUGGUCCCACGAAUGGGGAAGGAGCUCAACAAAUGCACGAGGACGUAGCCUGGCAAUUCUAAAUACAGGUACAAGCUACACUUUUACCAGAGCGGACUACGGGUCAGUGAUUGAUGUGACUUUUGCCAGCAGCCAGAUUGCAAGCGUCAUACAGUGGCAGCUAAGCAGCCACUACACUGCCAGCGACCACACGGCCAUUAUUUGUAAUAUUGGCAGUCGAGCCCAACAAGCAGCGGUACAAGAAAAACGCCAAAUGUACAGAGUUGAUGCACUAAACCCUGAAGUAUUCGCAUCAUCACUAGUGAUCCCAGAACUAACUGGAGAUGCCAACAAGCAGACAAAAAUGAUUAUGGAAUCUGUAGUUGCAGCUUGCGAUUGCAGCAUGCCCAUCCGCGGGGCUUAUAGCAGGCACCAUCCCCAUGUAUACUGGUGGACCAACAAUAUCGCCAAGGCCCGGAAAAAAUGGCUGCGCGCAAGGCGCGCCUACCAAAGAGCGCGGGGCAGCAUCACCUCUUCACAUCUCGGGGAUGAAUUUGCAAGCAGACGCCGCGAACUAAAACGCGCUAUAAAAGAGAGCACACGCCGUUGUUUCCUACAAUUAUGCGAUGAAGCGUCGAGCGACAUUUGGGGCAUGGCGUAUAAAAUGACCGUUAAAAAGCUGAAAGCAGUCAGACCCGCUGCACCAAGCGAGGACCACAUGGUGAAUAUAGUGCAAACGAUCUUUCCCGAUACCUCAUAUAUGGCUCCCAGGGAAAUGCUGCAAAUGAAUCACACUGAUCACAUAAGUGUCAGCACAGAUGAGUUGCUAGCGGCAGUUGCACAAAUGCAUUACCAAAAAGCGCCCGGUUCGGACUCGAUUCCCAACAAAGCGCUCAAACUAGCAGUGCGACUUCAGCCUGAAAAGUUUACAGGUGUACUCGAAAUGCUAUGA